ACAGAAACUGGCCCUGGAGACCACAGUGCUGGUGGAGCCUAUACGUUACCAGAUGGUCGGGUUAUCAAGCUCGGUGGAGAGAGGUUUGAAGCCCCACCGGAAGCUCUCUUUCAGCCGCAUCUCAUUGAUGUGGAGGGUCAAGGAAUAGCAGAGCUGGUGUUCAACACGAUACAGGCGGCGCACAUCGACAUCCGAGCUGAGUUGUACAAACACAUUGUGCUCUCGGGGGGCUCCACCAUGUACCCGGGACUGCCCAGCCGGUUGGAGCGGGAGAUCAAACAACUCUACCUGGAGCGCGUCUUGCGCAACGACAUGGAUAAGCUCAAUAAGCUGAAGAUCAGGAUAGAAGAUCCUCCAAGGCGGAAGGACAUGGUAUUCAUCGGUGGGGCCGUCCUGGCCGAGGUAAUGAAGGACAAACCCAACUUCUGGAUCACCAACCAGGAGUACCAGGAAGAGGGCAAGAAUGUGCUCAACAAACUCGGUCCACGUUCUGGUUAAAUAUCCUACCUCAAAAACGUUUUGUUUUGAUAUAAGUUAAUAUGUAUAUUUUUAAAUAUUUAAAUUUUUUGUAAGACUUUGCAUUUACUUAAGAGUUUUCAAAGUUUUUAUACUGUUAAAUAGGUUUAUACUAUAAAAAGUCAUUUAAUAUAAGAUUGAUUCACUAUGAGUUUAGCGAAAUCGAACGUUUUUCUUUUUACCCGCUUUAAGACUUGCAUUUUUAUAGAAGCAGCAUGAUUAUCGAGAUGAAAUGUAUCAAGAUAAAUAAUGGAAUCGUGGUUGAUAACAAUUAGUUUUAAGACCGUUUCAAUAUAGUCUUUCUCUAUCUUCAUAUUAUAAAUGAGUACAACUGUGAAUAUGAUAAAAAAUGGGUAGAAAAAUUAAAUACAAGUGAUAUUUCUCUAUUAAUCAUUGUAUAAAUGACUUAAAGUGUACAUAAUAUAUAGUGGGUAGAAAAAGUAACAGAUAAAUUAAUGAUGGAAUUCGAAGUCCAGCUUUGCAACAAUGAAAGAUAGGGAUCUCGUGAUAGAUAUUUUCAAAACAGAUUAAACAGAUUAAAUAAGUUAAGGUGUUAAUUUCGGUUAACAGCAGCCCUAACACUUGGCUUUCUUUGCCAUAUUGAUGAGAUUAGCAACAUUUUUAUUGACUGACAGAUAAAUUGACAGAAAAUUCACCCACUAGUUUGAUAUAAAAAUUCAACUACCAAAUAAGACUAACAGAUUUUUGAGGUUAGGAAAAGAGGAUUUUGGUGCAAAUGUUUUUUUUAUAGAUAAUCCUCAAAUAAUUACACAAAAUGUUAAAACUAUUCUUCAAAAGUUUAUAUUUAGUUUAUUGCCUUUGUUUGACUAGAUAUAAAUAUUUAUUGUGAUUUAUUAUCAAAAAAUGUAUUUAUAAGUAAAGUUAUAUAUUCCACACACAGAUAAGUAUUAUCAUAAUUAUUAUUUUGUAUAAGUUAUCAUUUAGUUUUAUUUAUAAAUCUUUAUUAUUAUUGUGAAAUAAAAUUAGCUCAUUUUUUUAAAGAUUGUAAAAUAUUACAAUGUUUAGGAAUAAAUUGUGAGAUAUCCUGUUUGUAUA